GAACUUUUUUUGGGUCCAGACUCGAUCUUAACCAUAUAUAAACUGUAGAACCACAAGAUUAUGCUCAUUUCUUUUAGAUCAUUUAUUUUUGUGUACCUGCCACUUGGUGAUAUUGUCCAGAUGCAUGCAGUUGCAGGAGGACUAGGGCUAUUUAGUCCUAAACUGGCCAGGCUGCAGAUGCAGUCAUAUGUAAUUUUCGUGAUUUUCUUCUGCAAUAUUAUUAGUAAGAAUAACGUCAUUGAGGCAGCUGCAACAGUCAAGCUGCCGAAGAAUGUGACUGUCCCGGCUGUUAUUGCAUUCGGAGAUUCGAUUGUUGAUACCGGCAACAACAACGAAAACUUCAAGACAUUUGCACGCUGCAAUUUCCUUCCCUACGGAAAAGACCUCAAGGGAGGAAUGCCAACCGGCAGAUAUUCCAAUGGAAAGGUUCCCACAGACUUCAUAGUGGAAGCAUUCGGAAUCAAGGAGCUGUUGCCGGCAUAUUUGGAUCCAACCUUGCAGCCUAAUGACCUCCUUACCGGUGUUGUCAUAGCUGCCGGUGGUGCAGGUUAUGAUCCAUUGACAGCAAAACUUGCGGCAGUCGCAUCGCUAUCUGACCAAUUGAAACAGUUCAAGGAGUACAUAGAAAAGCUGAAAGGAAUUGUUGGAGAGGAGAAAACAAACUUCAUCAUACAAAACAGUCUGAUUCUUGUGGUAGCCGGCAGCAACGAUAUUUCUAAUACCUAUUUUCUUAGCGGUGUUAGGGAAUUGGAGUAUGACGUUCCUUCUUACACAGACUUCAUGCUCAAAUAUGCCUCUGAUUUUAUCAAGGACUUGUAUGGAUUGGGGGCACGAAGAAUAGGUGUACUAAGUGCACCACCUAUCGGAUGUGUGCCUUCUCAACGAACUGUAAAAGGAGGCAUAAGAAGAGAUUGUGACGAAAAACAAAACCAAGCAUCACAACUGUUCAAUUCCAAGCUCUCUGUGGAGAUGGACCACCUUAACAAAAACCUGCCAAACUCGAGAGUGGUCUACAUUGACAUCUACAAUUCGCUACUCGAUCUCAUCAUAAACCCCGCUAAAUAUGGGUUUGAAGUUGCGAAUAAAGGGUGUUGUGGUACUGGCACCAUUGAAGUGACAAAACUGUGCAACCAGCUCCAACCUGCAGGAGUCUGCAUAGAUGACUCUAAGUAUGUUUUCUGGGACAGCUACCAUCCAACCGAAAGAGCGUACAAGAUCAUUGUGAAGCAGAUUCUAGACAAUUAUACCAGCCACUUCAUCUGAAACAAUUCAUUAUAUCUUUACAAAUGAAUAAAACCCUUCAAAUUCCCUGCUUGGAAUAACAAUUUGUAAAAUUGAUUUGUUCUGGACUUAGGUUGAUCAAAGAGUUAUGUGUUUCUUUAGGAUUUAGGUCGACAUGGUUUUGUUAUAUGAAACAAACAAAUCAGACAUAUUAACAAGAGAAACAAGAAUUGUAUAUAGCUUCUUGAAAUCA